CUCUAGACUUCCAUGCUUUUUCGACCCUCUGAAUACCUCCACGAAAGCAUAAUCCUCAUUGCUCCGUAUUGACACUUAGACUCGAAGAGUGCAUAGUUUAGGGUUUUGGCUGGGCGUUUGUCUCACUUUUCCCAACCUUUUGUUUUCUUUUCCGUUGUUUACCGUUCGUGGAGAUCUGUCUCAUAAACAACCUCCAUCCUCUCUCAACAACAUACAACCUCUACCUGCCUCGAUAAACCUCCAACUGCACAUUACAUACUUCCACGUUAAUAUGUCACUCCCGUCCACGAAACCCGCCCAAACCUCCAUCCGAUCCUUCUUCUCGGCAAAAACACCCAAAUAUGCCCCUCCGCCUUCUCAAGCAGCUUCCAUAGAACUCUCGGGGCCUUCCCCGCCGCCUGCUGCUACGGCCCCUCCACCAACCUCGAAGACGCCAGACUCGACGAUUGCCUCGUUCCAAAUUCCGCCUCUUCCGACAUCCCUCCCUCAAGAAGCAACGAUCCGGCUGGUCUCAAACGACGAUGUUAAUGCUCUACGUCGCAUCAAUGCUCUUCUUCUUCCCGUGAGCUACCCCGACAACUUCUACCAGCGCGCAGUUGAUCCCACGUCUGGUCACUUCUCCCGAGUCAUCACCUGGGCUCACGAUGGUUCCGAAGCCAAGGUCGUCGGCGGUGUCGUCUGUCGCGUUGAACCCACCCUCGAUUCCAACAGCCAGGGAGUCAUGCCCCAGAAUUUAUACAUUCAAUCGCUAUGUCUGCUCUCGCCUUAUCGAUCGCUGGGUCUCGUGAACGCUGCUGUGGACAAUAUCAUUGCAGGUGCUGUAUCGGACCCCAACUUGAAUGUGACAACUGUCACGGCCCAUGUUUGGACUGAGAAUGAGGAGGGACUGAAGUGGUAUGAAGGUCGUGGCUUCAAGCGCGAGAACCAACCUAUUGAGGGCUAUUAUCUCAAGCUGCGUCCCAAUUCAGCUUGGCUAGUGAGCCGUCCCACUGGCGCUUCUGUUCGGAAAUUGAUCCCUUCUUCCUCUUCUGCGCCUCAACAUAGUGUGCCCGCGAGCGCAACUGCUGUCAUUGCCAACUUAGACGCAGCGUCAGGUCCUCCCAAAAAUAGCACCUCAAGACCACCCAUGCCUCAAUCUGGUAAAUCUUAUCAAAAUCAACGACCUGAGACGGAGUGGAAUGAUCUGCCCGAGGAUAUGGCUAACAGCCGUCUUGCACCACCGCCCCGGGGAGGAAGUACUGGCUCUGGCGCAAGCUCUAGAAGUAGCUCUGCGGCACGAAAGAAAAAGGACAGGUCAUAUCCUGCGGCUGCUUUCGGGAACUAAAGCAUAUAUGAGAAAGAUGAGCUUGAUACAAGCUGGCACUAAGAAGAAUGGAUUGCUUCACGAUGGUAUAUGAUUUCAACGGUUAGGAUGGACUAGACGCGCUUCCGGAAAAGACACAACAAACAUUAGACUUACCAUAAUAAUAACACAACGAUGAAUUCAUUGUUUCCGAGAAAAG